AUGGCAUCAAUAACUAUAAAGAAAGCUUGUAUUAAAUGUAAUAAAGGUGGAGGAACUGCAAUGUGUUACGGAUGUGAACAAGCAUUUUGUACAAAACAUUUUAUUGAACAUCGACAGGAACUUUCACAACAAAUGGAUAAUAUCGGUCAAGAACACGAUAUUUUAUGUAGAGAUUUAACAUAUGAGCAACCCACACAUCCUCUUUUAGAACAUAUCAAUCAAUGGGAACAAGAAUCUAUUAUCAAGAUUCAAAUAGCAGCAAAAUUAGCACGUAAUGAUCUUCAACAAUUGUUUGACACAGCUAAAAAUAACCUCAAAACGUUAAUUAGUAAAAUAACAGAAGAACUUCAAUCUAGUCGAGAAUCAGAUGAUUAUACUGAACAAGAUAUCAAGAAAUGGACUAAUCAGCUACAAGAAUUUCGUAAAAUACUCAAUAGUCCAAUGACUAUUAACAUUGACUAUGAAGAUGACAUUCAAUCAGCUAUUCGUUUGAUUAAAGUGACUGAUCAACAAUCAUCAGGUUUUUCGUGUCAAGCAUCACAAUUAUAUGAAAUUAAUAAUUGGGUUUGUUGUAACGUGGAAAGAUCUUUUCGUGAAAGAUUCAAUGAUAUAUUCGGAAGAGUUAUAUUAUCGGAAGGAGGCCUUCUAGCAACAUGUUUAGGUGAUUACUCAGACAGAUCUUGUGUCGGUUGUAUUGGUCGAUAUUCAUCCGGAACACAUUAUAUUCGUUUUCGAUUCGAGCAUAUCAACACAGAUCAUUAUUCAUUUUUUGGUAUUGUUAAUUCGUCGGAAAAAAUAACAAAAGAUAUAUUAAAUUCAACUUCAUUCUAUGGUUGGUGGGAUCUUAUCUAUAAUGUUAUAAGUGGUAAAAAACAUAAAUAUGAUUCAACUAAAAUUAUUCGAACAGGAGAUGAAGUGACAUUCAUACUAGAUUGUGACAAUCGACAAAUUCAAUUAGAACAUCAUCGAACAAAGAGAAUUCUUAAUUUAACUAUUAAUAUUCAAUUAUGUGCAUUUCCUUGGAAAAUUAUCGUUUUAUUACUGGGCAAAGAUGAUUGUGUAAGAAUUCUUCAUUAA